AUGGAGCCAGAAUUCUGCUUUGAGUCCAGAAACAAUUCAUGCUUGAAGAGAAACUUCCCCACACCCCUACGUGUCACUCUUUACUUCAUUCUGGUGGUCGUAAUCAUUCUAACAGUGUGUGGAAACUUUCUGGUCACUUUCUCUAUUGCUUAUUUUAAGCAGCUCCAUACUCCAACCAACUACCUGAUUUUAGCUCUGGCUAUGUCUGACCUUCUCUUAGGUGUGUUUGUCAUGUUCCCUAAAAUGAUUCGAUUUGUAGAGUCUUGUUGGUAUUUUGGUGAAUUCUUCUGUAACGUCUGCAUGAGUUUUGAUGUCUCAUUGAUUACAGCAUCAAUCAUAAAUCUGUCGUUCAUUGCUGUUGAUCGAUAUUAUGCUGUUUGCCACCCUCUGCUUUACAGAACAAGAAUAUCCACUAAUGUUGUGUUGAUCAUGAUUCUUCUCUGCUGGACUGUUUCUCCCAUCAUAGGCUUUGGAAUAGUUUUCCUGAAAUUAAAUAUUUUAGGAAUUGAGGAUUUCUACUACAAUCAUUUUAUGUGUGAAGGACAAUGUGCUUUGAUUCAAGGUAAACUUUCAAGCACAGUCUCUUCCAUUUUUUCUUUUUACCUGCCUGCAAUAACACUGCUUGGAGUUUAUCUGAAGAUUUUCCUGGUGGCACAGAGACAGUUUAAGAGCAUAAAGACUGCAGGCUGUGUGAGCUCAGUAAAAACGUCAAACAAAAGCCAGACCAAAGCCACUAAAACACUGGCUAUUGUAAUGGGGGCUUUUCUUUCUUGUUGGACUCCAUUUUUUGUCUGUAACAUAACUAAUCCUUUUAUAAGUCAUUCAUUGCCACCACUAUUGACUGAAACACUAGUAUGGGUGGGCUGUUUUAAUUCAGCCAUGAACCCUAUAAUAUAUGCGUUCUUUUACAGUUGGUUCAAAAAAGCAUUUCAGUUGAUAACUUCAGGAAAUAUCUUUAAAUCUGACCUUUCAGAAACAACACUUUUCAGUGAAUAA